ACAGUGACCUUAUAUAAAUAUAAGAUCUUCUGUUGCUAUUAGGCGGCACAAAAAGAACUCGCCACCACAUGACCAACAGAAAAGUACAGUCGAACAAACAGGCUUUCAUGUAUUGUUGGCGUACUACUGGUAGUCUCUUAUGGCUUUUUAAAUUACACUCCUGCCUCGCAAUUUUGUGUAGCUAAUUGAUAAUGUAGCCUCUUUUGUUUUUUACUCAAAUGAAUUAUGCGUAUGAGACUGCAUUAUAGCGUGAAAUGAAAGUAACAGCUCAACGUGCCCAAGUGUCGACCCUCGCACGCUUACGCACGGCGAGAUUAUCACGCGCGCACUAUUUUAAAGCGUCCUUUUCCAUUUUUCGUCCAGUCCGCGAGAGAUCCACAGCCACGAACUGACCAAAUAGCCUUACAUUCAAACGUUCAUUAUCAGCGUUGCGCCUCAGCUGUAUCAUGAUGAAGUCAGUUGCAGGACUCCGGAUGCUAUAACGACAUAAAAUUUUCAAGCUGCACUUUGACAGUGCGAACGAACUAGCAGGGCCACUAACUACUACUAUUACGAUCAGCUUCUAUUACAACGAGUGUCCAACCAGCCCCGCUGUCUGUGAAUAAACCGUCAUUUGCAUUUACGUGAACACGUUAUAAGGGCAUAGUAUACUAUCUACUACAGUUUUUAAGCUCGCGUAAUUUUUGCGUUUGCCGCCUAUUUCUCUGCUGCGCUAGCUACCGAGCUUGCCUAUAUUGGCCGAUUGCCAAACGUCUAUAAGCAGAAGCGUUAAGUAUACAUCUUAUACAUAGAUAUGUAGGUACAAUAGGGGAUGAACGAAAAUGCUAACCUAUCGUCAUCUGUCUGUAACUGUCUACGACAUGAACUACACUUUUCACAUUGCUCAAUGGACCCGCACGGACGCAUGCAUGUAUAAAGGUCUGUGGAUACGAUGCGAAAGAAUAUUGAAACAGAAGGAAUUGAGGGUUUUAGAUCGAAAAUGACCACAACCAGGUAGCAGUACUCGUAUAGCGGAUCCAAAAUGCCGAUUUUGGCGGGUCAGUUGGCCGAACCUAAGGGAUCGCUAUGUUUCUUAUUGCCUUAACAGCUGUAUGCUUUUACUUUUACUAUCAUUAACGAGAUAUAAAUAGCACAGGCAUUUGAAGCACCUUGUAUGUGUUGCGGGUACAAUAAGGCUGAUCUUUUCAUAGCGUACAGUAUCUUAUCCCUUCGACACUUCGAAGAACGAAUAACUCACUCUGCUCUAAAUCGAUGCUGCUAUUGUCCAUCUCUUCACAUAAUUGCCCCUAAAGCUCGAGUAUAAUGUCCGCGUGAAGUUACCUUGUUACGAGAAAAUUAUGUAUGUGGUAAAAUUUUUCAAAUCGAGAGAAACACGCGGAGUGGAAAUAUAACAGGUAGGGGUAAUGCUACCGACGCUGCCGUAAUUGCUCGGGGCGAGCCAACUGGCCGAACUACGGAAUUGAUUCACCAUCUGUUCGUUGCAAUAACCAACGAAGCAGUAAACAGUGAAUCGCCAGACGUCUGACCAUUAAAUAUACUUGUGAGGCAUCUGCAGAUCCAUUCAGUGUCUGCUUUCUGGCUACUUAACAUAGCAAGCUACGGUCAUAUAAUCACCAUAAACAUACGCCUCGGUAUCCGUCGCAACUUUGCUAUAGAAACAUUCUAUAGUUUCAUUGACCAGGCUGAUUUUGCCACAGUUCCGCGCUCUGCUAUCCCACAAAGGGAACGCGUCCUAUUUUUGUGAAAGUAAAAACUUUUGGUUAUCGGUAUCCACUGCCAGAUGUCUUUUCCAUUUAAAAGCGCGCCGUGCAUACUAGAAUUAAUAUUACGAUACAUAAAAACAUGUAAAUUUAUGAAAAUAACAAAUGAACUUAAAAUGGUCGUUAGGUCGAACAACCGUAAUUAUCAGUUAUGAGUUUAUUUGUUGAUGUGAACUCGUUUGCGGUCCAGUGAUUUCUUUUCGACCACUGCUAUAUGUAGCAUUCUUCUAGUCUCUGUAUGUGUAUAUAUAUAUAUAUAUAUUGUAAAUUCGUCAAGGCAGUCUGCGCUGUAGAGAGAGCUGUCCAACGAAGACUUUAUGUGGUGUGUCAGGACCGUAUGUAGGUCGUAGUCAGUGGAUAAAGACAGGAGGUAGAACGGAUAAACUAAAGAAAAAUCCAGGACACAAUGAGGAGAGUAGGGUUUUGUGAUGUCGACCGCACGCUCCUUCCGUGGUGAGGAUUAGCGAGAGACGAGGUACGCCAUGUCGAGCAAAGAGCGUACCUCCCUGUCUUCAACGAGUAUUCAAAGAACUGACAACGACCAGUGCCAACCUCUACGAGUCGAGCGGAGGUCUUUUGUUUUGUCGAUGCAAGGCUCUCUGGCGGAGCGCCCUAACCAUCGUACUAGCCGGCCUACAUAGGCCUGCAAACCAAGCGUGCGCCUAGCGGUUGCGGGUGUCAGGAGUCGGUCACACUCGAUCAUAACAACCCGCCCACUCUUUGUCCGGGCACAGCGUGUGUCUAGCUCGCAGAGAUGAACUCGUCGAAAGCACGCACAGCCAAUCACUAACGACAACGCCAUUAGCGACGAUGGAGUAUGUGUGUAUUCAAUAUGUGUACUCGCUGAGCUUUCAUUUUGACACCACGCAAAUGAUCAAAAGGAAGAAGGAGCAAAGGAGAAACUACAGAGGAAGCUUUCGAAUGGAUCUAGUCUUGACUAGGCACUGUGAACGGUGAACGGACGCCGACGAGGAGACUGGCACACACAAGGAAUCUGAAGCGGACACGUGCGUUACAGAAGGUCUAGAGAUGACGCAGCACAAGAUGACGGUCAUCGAAUCUCCACAGAGUCCACCACCUCGUAGCCCUUCGUCGGACAAGGACGUGAGGACCCGCGGAGGAAAUGCUAGUCUCGUCAGCACAUACGUGGCCAGCCGAAGACUCAAACGUAAGCUGAAGGCCGCAGCCAAGAGCCUCGAGCUAAAGGAGGCACUUACGAAGCAGCUGCAGGGCCAUAUCGCCAAGAGCCUCAUCAGCGGUAUUGCCAAUCGACUCGAGCAGCAAAUUGUCCAAAGUCUCGUCACCAAUUUAAGUGCUAGCACGGCGGCAAACUCGCAGUUCGGCGUUCAACAGAGUGUCCUAGCUGCACAACCUUCAGCAUCCGAGGUGGCGUGCAAUAUGUACCAGGUUCCAGGAAACGUCCAGCAGCCAAAUCCAAUCGGUACAGGCAGGCUGGGCAUGACCGGGGGUCCAUCUGUCCAGAACGUUCGGGGCGUACCUGCUGGGCCUGGCCAACUGCUCGUAAACAAUCUGUUGGGCCAGCUGAUAGGUUCUACGCAGCCCACGCCACCAGUCAGCCUUGGCGGUAUGCCUACAUGUGGUGUACCAGUAGCGCCUCAGCCUCACCAUUAUCGACCCAGCAGUACAAUGUCAUCGCAGCAAAAUGAUUCCUUGUCGCUACCAUCAAAAUACCAACAGCAGAUCCCGCCUGCGCUCGCCCACCAUCUCGCAUCGCUCAACAACCCGGCCGGCAAACAGAUUGAAGGACCUGAAGGCUCCAACCUGUUCAUCUACCAUCUACCACAGGACUUCUCUGAUAGCGACAUGGUGCAGCUGUUCAUGCCGUUCGGCGAGGUGAUCUCAGCUAAGGUGUUUAUUGAUAAACACACACAACUCUCCAAGUGUUUCGGCUUCGUAUCGUAUUCGAACGCUAUUAACGCACAGGCGGCUAUCAAAGCAUUAAACGGGUUCCAGAUCGGCGCCAAGCGACUCAAGGUGCAGCUUAAACGAUCAAAACGACCUGAUCAGCAACGUUACUGAGACAAGAAUCAAUCAGACAGAGCAUAAGAAAACAACAUAUAUAACGGUUGUUUUUUUUUUUCAUACAAUUCUCUGCAUUGACAUUGUCAUAAUACAUCGAUCGUAGGAUUUCUCCACGGGUAUGAGUACCAGAUCAGUGUAGCAGAUUUUACUGACAGAUGUUACUGGAAGUUUUUUCCAAAAUGAUGCUAUAACGUUAAACGUCAGAAAAACAAUAACGGUUACUAUUAAUAGUUGCAAAACUUGUUUUUUUUUUCAUAACAAUUCGUACAACUUCCAAAGGGAUAAUGGCUUAAUUUCUAUAGUAGUCAAUAAUGAUCAUGACGAUGAUGAUUCUAGCCAUAAUAAUGAGACAGGAGUGAUGUUAUGAUAACGAUCAUGAUAUUCUACGGAUUCAUGAAAUGUACACUUGUAUAGCGUAUUCGGUGCUGUUGUGAAAGAUUGUCGAGGUGUACAUUAAACUAUUGCACAUAUAUUGCUCUGAAUGGUCGUCGUUCAGCAGCUACACGCUAGGCCAUUGCCUUGUGCAGCUUCACUUGGUCGUCGGUUUGAUGGCUGACCUUUGAUCCUAGCCGUGUUAAAGGUAGGCCUCCUAGGCUCGUCUUAACACACACAACGCCGUAUCUACCAAGGAGGAUACCAACAAGUUCUGAAAAUGUGGGAGCAAUGAGCAAGACAGCGUACUUAGACAACCCUUUGCGGUUUCCAAGGUCUACAACCUCGCACAGAAAGACGGGUGCCCUCAGAGAUCGACAAACGAGAAGAAAGGAAGCAGCGAGAGGAAGGAACUGACGGCGAUUUACAUGACGAAAGGCGAGUUCGUAUGGCGUAACAAUCUUGCCGUGUACACGAGGGGUCAUUGGGAUUCGUUUACAAGAGUAGUAGCGUCAGGACAAAUGAAUAUCCUAAAAGCCAGAAAAGCAAACUACCGACCCCUACAUACAUAAGAACAAGUACUACUUCCAGAACUACGGUCGGCCGCUGCCGCGGCCGCCUGUUGUUGUUGUUGUUAUUACGGCUGCGAAACACCGAACAACAA